AUGGAGGAGAUCUUUGGGACUAGUUUUAACGCACAUCUAUUGGCUGCUAGAAGGGUUGCUGAGGAGGUUGGUUCAACUUUUACGGUACUUGAUUCUCCUUUUAAUAUGGAAGGUCUAACCACAAGACAAGGUUAUUCUUAUGGCUCUGCUUUAGGGUCAUCAACAAGGUUUAGGAUAAGUAAUGAUCAACAGUCACUGAUGCAGAGACUCUUAUCUUCACAUAUCACUCACUUAAGUAAUGAGAUGGAAUCUGAGGUUCCACCGUUUGCACAUUCUGUUUACAACUUACUUGUUGAGCUUCAUAACAUAUUUAAUGAUCUCCCAGCUAUUAGGAAAGCUCUAGACACUGCAACAAAGAUGUUGUCUGAUGUAAAUAACGGUGAAGCCAUUGAUACAAAGGCUCUUUCUGAAGUUUACCUAUUCAGGAUUGCUGUUGAAGGUCUUAGAAUUGCUUUGAACAAUGCUGGUCGGCUAAACAUCAGGAACCUAGGAACUGAAGUUCAGUUUUCAAAGCUAUCUUCUGAUGACAAAGCCUAUGCACUCAUGGCAGAUGAUCUUCGUAGUCAGGCUAAGAAGUUUAAGAACAUAGUAGCGGUAGUAGAUGCAAGUAACCUCGCAGGUCUUAGGAGGCACUGGAGGACUUGUGUUCCUCAAGAAUUCAAAGUUAUGUCAACCGAGCAUAAGGUGCUAGGUUUUGAUAGUAAUGAUGAUUCAAAGAUAUUACCAGUGGUGGCGGUUGGUGCAAGUGCUUUAACACUAUCCAAUGCCAGAUUUUUCUUGACCCGCAAGGCAUUGGCAUUUACCAAAAUGGUGUAUCCCUCAAGGACAUUUGUGAAGUCAUCAUUAUCCGCUGAGAGAAUCAGAGGAGUAACACAGUAUGUUUUAACUUCAGCUGAGUUUACUAGCUUUGAUGCCAUGAGAGCUGCGUUCUAUGCGAUGAUGAUGCGGAAGAGACUAGCAAAACCUCUCCGUGCCUUACCAUUGGUUGUGCUUGGAGCUGCUAGUCUUGCAACUUUUUCAGGGUUGGUCUACUGUGAAGAAGGGAUUGAAUGUGCAGCUGUGACUCUUCCUUCAGCUUCUGAGAUUGCAAAACUUGGUAGAGGGAUUCAGAACUUACGUGAGGCGUCUCUGGAAGUGACAAGGAGAGGAAACAACAGGGUACAUAACGCUAUGGAAGGUCUUACUCAAAGGUUGAGGAAUUUGACGAAUCCAAUAAACUGA